AUUUUGUCUCUUCUCAAUAAUUGUCCUCGGCAGGUUUUCACUGCAGGAGAAGAGGGGAAGCGACGUGGAGCUCUAAAAAAAAAAAGAGAAAAAAAAGGAGAGGACAGAGGAGAGAGAGGAGAGGAAAGGAGGGGAGAAAAGAAGGGAGGGAAAGCCUUGUGACAAUGUUUUGAAGGAGAGUCAAAACAAGAAAAACAGGGACUGCGUUCGGCUGAAGGUACAUAUCCACAGCGCUAGAUGGUAUUUGGAGUGUAUUUCCAUACUGCCAGUGACAUUGAUGUGUUUUUUUUCUUCUCUUUCUCAAAAGACUCAUUUUUCAAGGCUUUAUAGUCGUUGUCCUUUAGCGGCAAAUCACCACUGGACUGCGGUUUGAAUGAGCCGCCGGUGAUCUUGGUAAUGUCUUCUCAGAUCUGCUUCCUCCAGACCCAAAAGGAUUGAACUCACUGCACAUCUGCUCCAACAUCAGGGUUUUGCUAGUCUGGACCUAUUGACGUAGUGGACGCACAGGUCAUAUAGCUUGAGCUGUUGUGGAGACCAGACUUUGUGAUAUCGGAGAGGUCAAGACCCCAACGAUUUCCUGGGUCUGUCAACCGAAUAUUUGCAUAUUUGAUGCAUCUUGUCCAAUGGUGUAACGAACUCCGACCGCUACUGCAAGAUGACAUCUGAGGAGCUCUUCCACCUGCCGCUCAACGUCUACAUCAUCAUCCUGGGCAUCGGCCUCUUCAUCCUCAUGCUCACCCUCAUCUUCUGCUGCUACAUGUUCAGACUCAGGCGACAAGGUGCACGAGAACAGUACGGUUACAACGAGGUUGUUUUGAAAGGAACGGGGAAGAAGCUGAGUCUAAUUGGCCAAACAUGUGCGGUGUGCUUAGAGGAGUUUCGCAGCAGGGACGAGCUCGGAGUGUGCUCGUGCUCCCAUGCUUUUCACAAGAAGUGUUUGCUGAAAUGGUUGGAGAUCCGCAGUGUCUGCCCCAUGUGUAACAAGCCCAUUUGCCGCCUCCAGCCUGACCCACCUCCAGCACCUGAGCGGCCCCAGAGUCUCCUGGAGGUCUGAGAUGGGAACGGCAAUACCUUAUGCUCUCCAGUCAGUGGACACCUGUCAGUAUAGGCCCUGUCUCAACUCAACAGUUUGUAGUUUUAGUAAUGCAGAUAUUCUUUCAGACAGGGCUACUCUGGAAGUAGAAAUUAUAUGAUUGUCUGAGUUAAACCGUAAGUGCAGAGCCAAAGAGCCUAUACCUGGUAAAUUAUAUAGGCGGUCGGUAGAUUAUGGCUAACUAGUCAGCCAUGAUACUGCUAUUUUCAUAGCCAGAUGCUAAAGCUAAGUGCCUUAGAGCUGACGAUAGAUGAUAGACUACACCCGUCAGCAUUGGCACACAACGAUGAGGAUUCAUGCGUGCAUGUAUUACCAGUUUACUCCUCAAUAUAAUUCUGUUAUGUAGGGACUAAUGGCAGAAGAAUUGUGGUCAAUAGCCCUGAAGUGUGUGGCUCCGCUUAAUGCUUGGGUAGGUAUCAUUGGAGGAACGAGCAUGAGUAAGCUAGAUUUGAUCAAAAAAAGAUCAAACCGAAAAGCCCAGCCCAGUGUUGCCAACUCCUCUCCGACGAAAGUAGCUAACAGCGCUAGCUAGCCCUUAAAGUUGCUAAAUCUAUCAAGAAAGUCUCCUAUCAAAGCCACUCCCCAAAAACUUACAGGUGUGGGAAUUAGCCAUAGGAACACUUGAAUAGUCCUCAAACUAAUAAUACUUUGUCAGAGCAUUUGAUUUAUAGAUCGCUGUCGGGGUGUAAUGAGAAUUUGAACAAAUACCCCCCCCAAAAAAGAUACAUUAAAAUAUAUUAACAACCCUAGCUAACUGCCAACAGUGAGACAUACAUCUUAAACUUCUCAACUGUGGCUAAAUGGCAAGAGAGUCGCGUCAAAUGGUAUCUGAUAGAAACUACAACCAAGUAAAAGAAUACUACAUACGUGAUUUUAAAGUUAUUUCUGAGGAACAGUUUUCCAUCAUAACUAGCUUUCAGUAAAAAGGUAUUGUGUGUCAGUGAUGCUAAACCACUUUGACCGUCAUUUGUCAAAUAGCUGGAUGUCAUUAUUGCCGGUGGGACGGGUGAACUCUGGACUGUAGUGACAUAAGUAGACACACAGCACUGAUAUGAAGAGCACGUUUGAGCUGGUUUUCUGUCCGAGUGAGGUGCACCAUACACGCUAUCUUUCUCUGUAUGCACCGUGUAAUAUACUAUUAUGAGUACUGUGUAAAUUGUAAAAUGCUUUUCAUUUUCUGAAAUUAG